AUGGUAUUACACAAGUCUAAGAGGAUCACUAUAUCUGUCGUUGGAUAUCCAGGUUCAGAAGCAGGUACACGUCAGCAUGUUGGCAAAUCUUGCUUAAUCAGUCGUUUUAUGGCUCCAUCUAGAUUUAAUGAAAACCAUUUAUCAGUACUCAGCUUAUCAGAUUAUGAUGGAGAAGUAGUUUGCUCUAGCAACUGGCUGUAUUGGGGCGAAAGCACUGUAGGUAUCGACGGUAAUGUCUCACAUCUCAGAAUAAUCGAACAAUGUGAUUUUGUGGAUGAUCAUCUUUUCCAACCCCUCUUUAAAUCACGUCCAUAUGCAGAAAGAUGUUUGGAUUGCGAAAUAUCACUCCACUCAAGAAAGCUAUCGUACAUUUGCAAGGAACAGCUUGGCCACGAAUCAGCUUUCCCUCAAGUUUAUCUCGAUCCAACAACUUUAUUCAUUGAUGUCUUCGUGUUUGCAUAUGAUAUAUCACUGAGCGGCUCUUCAGCAUUGCAACAAGCUGCUUUUCUAAGACAUUUCAUAUCACGCCUAUCUUCUCUUAAGUUACCUGUAGUCUUUGCAACUACAAAGCAUGACUUGGGUGUAUCAAAUCAAGCGUCAACCUUGUUCAAUGAAGCUCUCGGAGGAAUUAAAAGACGUUGGAUAAAAAAUGUCUGCAUUGUGGAAACAUCUUCCCGCCUCAACAUAAAUGUUAGUACUGUUUUCCAAUGUGCUGCAUUCUUUGGACACCAUAGAGAUGCUAUCAAGCAUAAACUGCCUACUGGUUUUAUACCUAGUCCUUUUAAAAGACCAAAUAACGACAGGAAAUCGUUUUCAGUAUGUUUCAAGAAGUCCCUAUGGUCUAGUUUACGUUGGUUUCGAUAUGAUACCAAUGCAUCUGACGCGAACCCAGAUUCAGUUAAUGGUGAACUUCCAAAUUACCAACAUGAAGCUGGUCCUCCUCAAUCUGUACAUCCUAGGGCGUUUCACUCACCCUCUAAUGAACUAAAGAUUUCUGAACAGUGUAUUUCAAAUCAGGCUCCAAUAUCUUUCAAUCAAAGAGUGGUGUAA